UGUCUCUGGUGUUACAUGUGUUCAUGUUUGAUGGUUGGUAGUCACAAUUGGGUGAGCUGCAUGCUUGUAUAUUAUAAACAUACAAACAGUAUGGGUAUGGAUGAGGAGAAUGGAAACAUUUGAAGGUCCUCCAGGACUAUGUUCCUGGCCCGGAUCCGGCCGCCCCUUCCGCCCCCCCCUUAGUCCGGCACUGUUAAUGUCUAACUGUGACGAAACACGGAGACGCGUCGGAAACCAACGACGACAAGCGCCGCGCCACUGCUUUGCCACUAAUGAACCUAUUACACAGGGUGGUAUAUUUUGUUGAAUGAAAUUGGAAUGCUAGUAUCGUUUGUCCUAUAUGCUUAUAUAAAAAAAAAAAAAACCAACAAUAAAAAGAAAAAAUACAAUUCAUUUUGCUGGUAAUAGGAGCUGUCUCAGAUAGGGUAUAUUGUUAGCAAUGGAGCUGUUAGACUCCAUUACUAACAAUCCUUUCCCCUCCAUAUCUGCUUCCUCCCCACAUAGUACGGGUUGGUGUACCAAAUAUUGUUAAAUGAGCCAAUAAAGUGCAAAGAGGUAAUAAACACAUUUCAAGUUUAUAGGUAAGGAUCAAUGGGAAUCCUAUUCCAUAUGGGGCACACUCUGUAGACCGUUCGAGCACAGGUUACGAGGCACAAGUGGGCCACGGCUCGGCGCGGUGGCACUUCCGCCACUUCCAAAAUGACUAUAUUUACGACAUUACAGAAAUAGCGGGCUGCAUAUGCAGCGGGCCCCGUCUCGAGCAGUCUCCACGCUCGACACCCGCGUCGGGUGCGCGUACGCAACCUUGUUUAUUGUAUUGCACGCGAACAUGUUUACAUAUUAUUAUAGUAAUGAAUGGAGCUGAUAUAGUUCAGAGUUUGGAACGUGUCAAUUAAAGUACACGUAAAAAAUAAGUUACUUAACUUACUAUUUAAUAACUUAGCUUAAAGUUGUAAUGUAUGUUGUGUAAUUUGUAAAAACCAAUGAGUGAAAUAAUGAUGUUCAAUGGAUUGAUCAUGUGCGGUGAUUCGGACACGAGUGACUUUGCGAAAGAGAGCGCGUGCACGUCGAGCGCGGCUGGCAGCGGCGAGUGCGAGGCGGCUGCGCGCGCGCAAUAUUAUCACAACAAACUGCUGGCCACGCUGCAAAUUCUCCGCAACAAGGAGGAAACGGUGCGGGUGCAGAGCGAGAGCCUGCAGCUGGCGGAGGCGCGCAUCGCUGCACUUACAGAGCGCGCCGCCGCCCUCCGCGCCGAUCUCAACGCUAAAGCGCUCGAGCUGCGGACGUUGCGGGACGUUGUCGACGCGAAGACGGACAAGAAUGACGCGUCGGUCACCACCGAGAUACAGGAGGCAGAAAAACAAAAGAGCAUUGUUCAUACAUUGCAGAACAACUUGUCUGUGAUCGAGGAACUUUAUCGAGAAUGCUUCUAUGAGACAGCAAAACAGGAGGAACUAAUAGAGAUGCUCCGUAAAUCGUGCCUGGACGUGAGAUUGAUGGACCGGGAGAAAGCGGAGCAGAUCGGUCGGCUGCAAAGCGUAAUUUACACACAGAAGUGGUCACUAGAACGAUGCCAGAACAUAGCAACGGAGGUGGACAGCUUAAAAGUGGAGAUAUCGAAUUUCUUGAACAGUUCCAACAACGAUUCGGGGAUGUGGGAGCGGUGCGAGGAUUCCCUCACGACGGAGGUCAGCGAGGAGCUGCACGACAUUACCGAGCAGCUGCUGCAGCUUAGAGCUAUGCUCACAGGGGAUUGUACCUGCGGAUUGGAGGAAGAAAACAUGAGAUUGAAACGUGAGAACGAAGCAAUCGAGGCACAAAAUGGAGAGCUCCGGCAACGGAUAUGCGACUUGGAAGCGUCGUUGUCAGACAAGGAGAAAGUAGACACACGGUACCAGAUGCAGUUAGAGGAGAAGGAAAAGGAGUUGGAGAAUGUUCGAGACCAAUUGAAGGCGUUGAAUGACAGCUUGACAGAAAAGAGCACAAUGUGUGACACCCUCACCAGACAGAUCCUGCAGACUCAAGUGUUGCUAAGCGACAAAACAGCGGAGUUGCAAGAAGUUCAGCGACAGUGUAGCGCACGCGAAGAGGAACUACAGAAGGUGCAGGAGGAGUUGGACAAAGCAAAUAACGUCAUCAAGGAGAGCGGGGAGAUCCGUGGCGAGGUGACGCGGCUGUCGUGGCAGGUGCGGCGCUGGCGCGAACAGCUGGCCUGCAGCGAGCGCCGCACCGCCGCGCUCGACGCGCAGCUGCAGCACGCCAGGGACCACUGCCGCGAAGUACACGCCUGCUACAGGGAAAAGAUGCAGUGUGCCCGCGAGCUGCAAGCGCAAUUAGAAGAGGCGCACGAGCGCGGCGGGCGGCUGUGCGAGCAGGCGCGGCGCGCGCUCGCCGCCCUGCGGCCCUGGCUGCGGCGCCUGCGCGCGCGCCACAGUGAACAAGAGGAGAAGAUCCAAGAACAAGAGGCCCUGAUCGAUAUGCUACAAAAGCGAUUGCAAGAGUCACCGAACUUUCAACAGAGCAACAACCGUAGCCGGUCUUGUUGUUCAAAAUGCAUUUGUUGGCGAGAGAGGGCUACGUCCACCGGGACCUUUACGUGUCCUCUCAGAACGGAGGAGAGAUGGUGCGAUCUGGGGAGACUGAAUGCGAGUGAGAUAGCGAGCGGCUCGUCUGCACCCGUGCCACCAAAGAGAAUGCUCAGAAAGAAAGCCCCAUCGUGUCCCGACAGACGACGUAGCCGCGGCCGCGUGCGCGAGGCGGCCGUGCAGCGGCCCGUGCGGUGCGACGUCGCUACGGAUUCGGACAGCGUGCCGCCACGUUCGCCCGACUACGUGCCACGCUCGCCUUUUGACACGCUACCGCGGUCGGUGUCGCCGAGCGAGGCGGUGCUGCAGCGAGUUGAGCGGCUGCAAGCGCUGUGCGGCCAUCGGCCUCACACAUAACUAACACCUCGGCUAGCGAUACAUUUAGUGUACUUUCAGCCGCAUGAAUGUCUACUAACACGAACAAGCAAUAUGGACCAACUGUAGAAAAUAUGAAAUGCAGUGUUGCCGAUCCUCCGCCAACUGAAGAUCGGGACGCGGAUGAUAGAUAGAUAAUUUAUUUGCAUUA